CGAGAUUCCCACACCACUAAUGCGCCUCGUAUAUUCACUAAUUUUCCUUUUAUUCAUUCCCUUCUCACACCCAAACCCGAUCCCGAUCCCGACCAUUUCACCAGAGACGACAAACGCGUAUCUUCGAGCAUUUCUCCCGUGGUGGCCUGAAAAGACCGAUUUCACGUUAAGAACGGCACCGACACCAGAGGAAAGUGAAGCAGAAAUUGUUGGAAAUCUGCUCGAAUCAUCAGGUGAAAAGGAAAAUGUCACGGAAUUUGCUACAGAGAAAGAGGAAAUUGAUCCAUCAACUCUGAGGGUUCACGAUCUGCCUCCGUCACCAUUAGACGAAUUCGCACCAGAAGGAUCUCCAAAAAGCCUUGUCGCCAGUGGUGCCCGUAGUAGUGAUGGAAACUUUAUAAUCAGUUUUGAUGAGAUGGGUGAAUGCCCACGGGAUUGCUCGAACGAUCUUCGCGACGCACUCGGGAUCAUUCUUCAAGAUAUGAGCCAUGUUGAACGAUAUCGGCAGAUUUGCGGAAAAUAUACAAAUGCGAUCACUUGUGUAAAUGAAGACACCCGCUGCAACAAAGAAGACCGCGACAUGUUCGAGACGAUGACAAGUGGAUUGAAUUAUAUGUGUGUCGAGCAAAAGCUUGCGUUUAACGCCACAAUCAAGUGCAUCGACGAUGAAGCAGGGGUCGUGCAAUCAGAGUGCGAUACACAGUGUCAAACCAAGAAUUUGUUCAUGAAUUGGAUGAUGAAGACGGCAUUCCAAGACACAAUUCAGCAGGGAGUGAAUGGGAUUGUGGGAGCUGCUACAGGAACCAAUGCUAAUCCCCUUGCAUUCCUCCAACCUGUCGCCGGAGCCGCAGGAGGUGCUCCAGGUGGUGGAUGGGCAGAUAUGCUAGCAAACAUCGGACAACGACCACCAAGCCCGCAAGACGCGCAACAAGGAUUCGAGAACUUCCGUCAAUUCACCAAUGAUCUGUGCAGAAUUGGAGAUUGUAUGCUUGACUGUAUUCGCUCAAAGUUCAACACUCGAUGCGAAGGUUCUGCUGGAACUCUGCUCUCUGAAGUAUUCGUUCGACCCAUUGCAGCUACUCAGAACAAGCUCUCGAUUCUUCGUCCGAUUCUUGGCACAUUUAUGCCUGAGCAAUGUGGCUACUUGACAAACAAUGCCGAGUUGAAAAAACACAGAAUCGACGCAACUAUGGACGAAGAACUAAAACGAAUGUAUGCCGAAAAAAUCGCCAAGGAAGCUCGCGAUCGAACAGCACAAGAUGAAAUUCUCGCUAAUCUGGUUCCUCUCGAUGAAAAUGGAGUCCCGCUUCCACGAGCGCUACCAGAGUUGAAAUCAAUUGAAUCUCCACUAGACGUCAGUGUCAAGACGCUCGAUCAACUGAUUCUCGAUAUGUACAGCAACAAUAAAACCGAAGAAUUAAACAUUUCGGAGAAGAACAACGUCACUUCCACUUUUUCGGAGCCAAGCGAGAAGGAGGAUGAAGCUAGCACGACUGUUAUUUCUGUUAUUUCUCCCCUACAUACAAAUGCAACAGAUUCGGAAAUUUUGGAACAUAUUUCUGAAAAAUCUACAGAGGAAUCGUCCGGCUCAUCGGGUGAAAUGUCUGGUGAUGGCUCAGAUAAUGAAGCAUCGGGAGAAGGCUCUGGCGAAUACGAUGCAAGUGGAUCGUCUGGUGAUAACUCUGGGGAGUUUAACAGUUCUGGAUCAUCUGGUGAAGCUUCAGAAGAAGGUGAAUCUUCUGGAUCAGAGGAUCAAGGAUCUGGAAACUACAAGAUGAUUGAAUCCAUCGAGUCUUCUGGAGAGUUUUCUGGUUCUUCGGGAGAAGGCUCUGGUGAUACUGCAUCGUCUGAUACCUCGAUUGAUGAUAAAUCCAUAAUACGGUCAGGAGAAGGUUCGGCUGAGAGUGUUUCUGAAAUUUUGCAAGAAGCUUCCGGAGAAGAUGCUCCUACACUCACGCCAACAUCUGAGGAAUCAACUGGCUAUAAAAUUGAUCAUUCUGGAUUCGGCGAGUCUUCCGGAUCAUCAGGAGAAUCGAUUGAACUUCGAGAUUCCGGAGAAGGUUCUGCCGAAUACGACGCAAGUGGAUCGUCCGGCGAUAACUCUGGAGAUUUUAACAGUUCUGGAUCUUCUGGCGAAGCUUCAGGAGUUGGUGAAUCUUCUGGAUCAGAGGACCAAGGAUCUGGAAACUACAAGAAAAUUGAAGUCAUCGAAUCUUCUGGAGAUUAUGAGUUUUCUGGAUCUUCGAAUGAAUCCAUAGAACAAUCAAAAGAAGGUUCGGCCGCGAGUAUUUAUGAAAUUUUGCAAGCAGCUUCAGGAGAAGAUACUCCUACACUCACACUGUUAUCUGAAGACUCUACUGGCUACUAAAUAUGGAUAUUAUUGCUUGUUUUAAAUAUAUUGCUUUGAAUUUUAACAAUUUUCUUCUGUACAUAAACCUUUAUUUUC